UGGUUGGACGAUUUGAACUAGCUUCCCCAAAAGCUUUCUCCUCUCCACACUAGUAGCAUUCCUUUCAGAGACAGCCUUUUCCCACCCUUCGAGAUCCCCUUCUUCUGUACGCAGAGAGAGAGAGAGAGAGAGAGAGAGAGAGAUUGCCAUUGAUAUGGUGAUCAGUGAUUGAUCGCCAUUCAUUGAAACCUAUUGAUCAGCUUAAUUCAGUCAUCUUCAUAGCAGAGAGAGAAGGAGGGAGAGAGAGAGAGAGAUGGAAAGUGAGAAAGCGGCGGAGGCGGUGCUUGUAGGGAACUACGUGGAGAUGGAGACCGAAGGGAACAAGCCCAUGAAUGUGAAGACGAGGAUAUCCAAGCUCUUCUGGCAUGGCGGCUCCGUUUAUGAUGCUUGGUUUAGCUGUGCUUCAAAUCAGGUGGCUCAGGUUCUGCUGACACUGCCAUACUCCUUCUCCCAGCUUGGGAUGGUUUCAGGGGUGCUGUUCCAGCUCUUCUAUGGCUUGCUGGGCAGCUGGACGGCCUACCUCAUUAGCACUCUUUACAUCGAGUACAGAACCAGAAAGGAAAGAGAGAAAGUGGACUUCAGAAACCAUGUCAUUCAGUGGUUUGAAGUUCUUGAUGGGCUGCUGGGAAAAUACUGGAGGAACGUGGGGCUGGCGUUCAACUGCACUUUUCUUCUGUUUGGAUCCGUGAUUCAGCUCAUAGCCUGCGCGAGCAACAUAUAUUACAUAAACGACAAUCUGGACAAGAGGACAUGGACAUACAUCUUCGGAGCUUGCUGCGCCACCACUGUCUUCAUUCCCUCCUUCCACAACUACAGAAUCUGGUCCUUUCUGGGUUUGCUAAUGACCACUUACUCCGCUUGGUACCUCGCCGUUGCCGCUCUGCUACAUGGCCAGGUGGAAGGGGUGAAACACACAGGAGCGAGCAAGCUGGUGCUAUACUUCACGGGGGCCACAAACAUUCUCUACACAUUCGGGGGACACGCCGUCACUGUGGAGAUAAUGCACGCGAUGUGGAAGCCACAGAAGUUCAAGGCCAUAUACUUGAUGGCUACUGUGUAUGUGCUCACACUCACUCUUCCCUCCGCGGCAGCUGUUUAUUGGGCCUUCGGCGACUUGCUCCUCGACCAUUCCAAUGCUUUCGCUCUCCUCCCUCGAUCCCCCUUCCGGGACAUGGCUGUCAUCCUCAUGCUCAUCCAUCAGUUCAUUACGUUUGGAUUUGCAUGCACGCCCUUGUAUUUCGUUUGGGAGAAGGUGAUAGGCAUGCACGAGUGCAGGAGCCUGUGCAAGCGUGCAGCUGCGAGAUUGCCUGUGGUGAUUCCGAUAUGGUUCCUAGCCAUCAUCUUCCCCUUCUUCGGCCCCAUCAACUCUACUGUUGGAUCGCUCCUCGUCAGCUUCACUGUCUACAUCAUCCCCUCUCUCGUUCACAUGCUCACCUUCAAAUCCCCCGCCUCGCGAGAGAACGCGGUGGAGCAGCCGCCCAGGUGGUUGGGAAGCUGGACCGGUGCGUACACAAUCAACGUGUUCGUAGUAGUGUGGGUAUUCGUGGUCGGGUUUGGAUUCGGUGGGUGGGCGAGCAUGGCGAAUUUCAUACACCAGAUUGACACUUUUGGGCUCUUCACCAAGUGCUACCAGUGUCCGCCGCAGCUCAACGCCACCGCCGUCGCUCCGCCGCCGCCGGCCAACUUCACUCACGCCCACCAACGCCUAAUUCACCACCCAUGAUGAUCAAGAUUAUACGCCCCGAGUAGUUUAAUCGAGUCCCCAACAACGUGCGGCGGCCAAUGUGAUUCCCAACCCUCAAAACACAGUUCCAUCCGCUUGAAGUUUGUUGUUUGGGUGUGAGCUUCGUUUUGUUCAAUUCCAAAUUUUAGUAUUUCAUA